AUUUAAUUUCUUGCCUCCAGUUUCUCCCUACUCCAUUUGACCGUCCACAUGGCCACAAGGGGAGUCUCCUUAAAACACAAACUUAAAUGUUUGCCAAGAUACUCUUUUGGCAGAAUCAAAAGAAAGGAUAGGAUUAGAAUACGGUGGCUCUGCUAGGGGAUGAAAAGGAAGUUGAAAGGCGUAGAAAGACGGAUUAAUAUAAAAAGAGAGGCUACUGAUGAUCAACGUGCAGGGCCCACUACAGCUUCCAUUUGCAGGAGAUAAGGAAACUAGAAUGGAAAGUCUGAGUCAAUCGAGCAAGAGGGAGAGAGAACUCAGCGCACAGAGCGGUUUUACGAGCAGUCUGCACGGAGGAGGGGCCUGGGCCACAGUCACAGGGACGCAGGCCUGACUGAGCACACCGAGACCGUCACUCGGGGACAGUGGCGUGUCUGAUACAUCACUGUCUAGUGACGGGAACCCAACCGGAAGUGGGAGUCGAACGUGUGAAAAUCCAGAAACUGCUUCAAAAUGGGAACAACAAGUGACGAGAUGGUGUCUGUGGAACAGACCUCCUCCUCCUCCUUCAACCCCCUGUGCUUCGAAUGUGGCCAGCAGCACUGGACGAGGGAAAACCACUUAUACAAUUACCAGGACGAAGUGGACGACGACCUAGUCUGCCACAUUUGCCUUCAGCCUCUGUUGCAGCCACUAGAUACCCCCUGUGGACAUACAUUCUGCUGCAAGUGCCUCCGAAACUUCUUACAAGAGAAGGAUUUCUGUCCCUUGGACCGCAAAAGACUUCACUUUAAGUUGUGUAAGAAGUCUAGUAUUCUAGUUCACAAACUUCUGGACAAAUUAUUAGUGUCAUGUCCGUUUUCUUCAGUGUGCCAAGAUGUAAUGCAGCGCUGUGACCUGGAGGCACAUCUUAAAAACAGAUGUCCUGGAGCUUCCGAGCGCAGAGAUGCCCUGGAGAGAAGGAAAACUAAUAAAACUCAGCCGGAGAUUGAGAAUGAAAACGGAAGCACUCUAAUAGAUCUCCCGGGGACCUUCUCACCGGAGACGGACUGCUCGGGGGCGGGCACGGUGCCAGCCGAGCGGACCCCGACCUCGGCGUCCCUGCCCGCGUGGACCGAGGCGCCCGGCCUGGACAACCCCGCCUUCGAGGAGAGCGUCAUUGCCGACGCCACACAGCAGCCACCUAGUUUACCAGAAGGGGAAAUCACCACAAUUGAAAUCCACCGCUCCAACCCUUAUAUUCAGUUGGGAAUUAGCAUCGUGGGUGGUAACGAAACGCCACUGAUAAACAUCGUAAUCCAGGAAGUCUACCGGGACGGGGUCAUCGCCAGGGAUGGAAGACUUCUUGCUGGAGACCAGAUCCUUCAGGUCAACAACUGCGACAUCAGCAACGUGUCCCACAACUACGCCCGAGCUGCUCUGUCGCAGCCCUGCAGCACGCUGCAGCUCACCGUGCUUCGCGAGCGGCGCUUCGGCAGCCGGGCCUACAGCCAUUCGGAAGGGAGCUCCCCCCGAGAAGAGAUCUUCCACGUGGUCCUUCACAAGCGGGACUCCGGAGAACAGCUGGGCAUCAAACUCGUGCGAAGGACGGAUGAGCCAGGCGUUUUCAUUCUCGACCUGUUGGAAGGGGGGCUGGCCGCCCAGGACGGGAGGCUCAGCAGCAGCGACCGCGUGCUCGCCAUCAACGGCCAUGACCUGAAGCACGGGACCCCCGAGCUGGCCGCGCAGGUCAUUCAGGCUAGUGGAGAAAGGGUGGAUUUAACAGUUGCUAGACCAAGGAAACCCCAGCCUGGAAACCCCAUCCGAGAAGCAGGAACUCAGAGCAGCAGCCAGCAGCACCCUGCACAGCCUCUGUAUUACAGCAGACCCAGCUCACACAAGGAUCUUACCCAGUGUGUUACGUGCCAAGAGAAGCACAUCACCGUGAAGAAGGCGCCAAGCGAGUCCCUGGGGAUGACAGUGGCUGGCGGCCGGGGCGGCAGGAGUGGUGAGCUGCCCAUCUUUGUGACCAGCGUGCCCCCUCACGGCUGCCUUGCGCGCGACGGCAGGAUCAAGAGAGGUGACAUUUUGUUAAAUAUCAACGGCAUUGACUUGACCAACUUGAGUCACAGCGAGGCCGUCGCUAUGCUGAAGGCCAGUGCCGCGUCCCCCGCCGUUGCUCUUAAAGCACUGGAGGUCCAGGUGGUGGAGGAGGCCACCCCGGCCACCGACGAGCAGCCCAGCACCUUCAGCGAAAACGAGUACGAUGCCAACUGGUCCCCAUCUUGGGUCAUGUGGCUCGGCCUUCCAAGUUCCCUCCACAGCUGCCAUGAUAUCGUUCUACGCAGAAGCUACCUGGGGAGCUGGGGCUUCAGUAUCGUUGGCGGAUAUGAAGAAAACCACACCAAUCAGCCUUUCUUCAUUAAAACCAUCGUCUUGGGAACUCCGGCUUAUUAUGACGGAAGAUUGAAGUGUGGGGACAUGAUCGUGGCGGUGAAUGGCCUCUCGACGGUGGGCAUGAGCCACUCCGCGCUCGUCCCCAUGUUGAAGGAGCAAAGGAACAAAGUAACUCUGACCGUUAUUUGCUGGCCUGGCAGCCUGGUGUAGAUUUUGAAAUUGGUUCGGAGUCAGCAUCUUCCUUUUUUAGGUUCUGGAAAGAAAACCCUUUCGUGUUGUUGUGUUUCUGGUUGUUACGAGCUGCUGACACAGCUGGUAUUUGCAGGGCCCAAAACCACUGGGUGUCCGUUCGUUGCCAUUUAAGUGGUUUUCCUCCGAUUAGCCACAUUUCUCGGAGCUCGGACACAGUCUUCCACUAACCCCGUGAGUUCAGAUUUUCAGAAUGUGACUUGUCAUAAUGAACGAACUGUCCAAACUGUGACCCAGCCAGCUGGAUUAGAGGACUUCCGGUGGCUGCGUUUUCACCCACUGAAUCCUAAGAUGCGUUACACACGCCCCAAGACGGGUACCAGUGAAAACAGCAGCCGUGGCAUCUGCUGUCAGUGGCGCCACCAGCGCCGUGAAUGGACACAUUUUAAGUUUAGAUGGUCACCCUUUCCCGUUCGUCAUUGGUGCCAACAUCUCACAACUUCGUGUAGUCUAUAAGGUGAUUUUUCUGGCUUAUUUUAUUUCUGCCGUAAUCUCCCAGUACUCAUAGAUAAUGAAGACGUAAGUCUGAUACCACUAAAGAGAUGUAUACAAAAUAACGUACCAUUAUUAGAACAGUAGAGAAUAAAAGAUAAUGUGAUCCAGAAUUUGGGAGAUAAUUAUAGGUUAGUGCUGGGGAUGGUAAAGGCUGCAUUUACUUGAAUAGUCCAAAAGCAUUAAAGAUUCCUUUCCAAAGGAAUGUUUUCUUAUGUAGGAGAAUUUCGAAGCAGUUUUUGCUAACAAUCAUUUUCUAGAGUUUAUAUUAUCCUUCUAUCAGCAAACUUGGCUGGAAAUGUUUUUGUGAUUUAUUAUGCAAUUAAACUAGAUGAUAAAGGUAAAGCCAUGUUGCUAUUAAAUACACACUCGUGUCGCAGCUAAGUAGGUGAAGGUAGACUUUUUUAAUUCUGAUCAGACUCUUGAGUAUUUUAGAAACCCUUACUUUUCCCCAUUAUUUCUUUAAUUAUGAACUUAAUGAUUUCAAGACAAAGUCUGAGAAGUUCUGUGGGUUUUUUUGGGUUUUUUUUUGUUUUUUUUUAAUCUGAAAUAGUAGGUUUUAGAUGUUAAUAUCUUUCAAUUAGUUUUUGGUCACCAGACUAUUUCAUAUUUUUGAAAUGUUUUUUGAAAACUAUGACCAGCCCAUUUUGUUCCUCUUUUAUUCAAUAUGGUUCUUCCUUUGGAAGAACGUAUAAAGAAGCGACUGAGAGAAAAAUACCCCCACCUUAUUAAUAUUAUGCAUACUUGAAACACGGUUCGUUAGCAACCUAGUUCAGAAUCUGAGCUAAUUUACGAGUGACCUCUGUAACAGAUGGUAUUGAUGAUCAGAGAAUGUACUUCAGAAUACCACAGUAUGUCAUGAAGUGUGACCACUCAUUUGCAAACUUAGCAAUCGCAUUGCUGGGGUUUAGUGUUCCUGUACCAUGUCACUGAUUAUGCCAGUUUGAUCAUGAUUUUUUCAAACAGAUCUCUUUUGAAUAAAUAAGAAAUGGCAACAGUAAUUGUUACUAGCUUGUUCAACCCCUUAGCUGGACUGUUCCCGGGUACAGUGGCGGGGGUGGCGGCCCAUCCAGUACAUUGCUGUUAUGACUGGCCAUGAAGCACUUUGAUACCGAAAUGCUUUGAUAUUCUAAUCAACACGGAACAAGUUUUUUUCCUGCUCCCCAAAUAGAAUUUUGUAACCAACUUUGCUAUUUUAUAAAACGUUUUGUAAGACUGCGUCAUUUUGGUGGGAAGACCAUCCAUCAGCAAAUAUCUUAACUACUACUUUCUUAUAUAUGAAAUACUUUCGUUGAAUCCAGUGGUAUAAUGAGUAUUUUGAAAGAAGAAAUUUUUUUCAUUAUUAUUUUUAUCAUGGGAAUCUUGAAAUCUGCUUCAGUUAAUUCAGUGUUAUUACAAAAGACUUUAUAGCUUUUGGUCAGGAUGAUAUUUGGUGAUGGCAACUUGUUCAUAAUUUAUUGUUAUUGUUGAAAUAUUUGAAUUUUGUCAUUUGACGCUUAAAUGGUGAAAUAUCUCGAUUUGUUCUGUGCCUUCGGUUUAAAUUAUUUCAGGAUUUUCAGAUAUGUUGACACAGUGGCGCGGCGAUCAUUGCAGAUGGGAAUAAACGUCACCCUUUCUGUCA